AUGUAUUACGAGGAUUAUGAUGAUUAUUUGGACGAAGCUGAAUAUCAUUCGGAAGUUGAUGGCGACUCGGAUUGUUCCAAUGUCACGAUGACUUGGAAUGGACCUAUUGGACCACCAGAAUUAUAUGGAGAACCCAUCCGUUCCCUCAGUCGACAAACAGAAUCUAAUCUUGAUCGCUUGCGACCAUCUUUAAGCUGCUCCAAUCUCCAUUCUCGACAAACUGAUAAUUCUAAAAUGGAUUCAAUGUUUCCUACAAGAACUAGCUCGAGUUUAAAAUCUGGUCCAGUCACAAUCUCAUCAGUAUCUUUUGAUGGAGAUUUCUCAGAUAUGUCACAGCCUAUAGGAUUUAAUUUUUGUUAUUUGUGUUCUACAUUAGAAGAACAUCAGAGAAACCACAUACAUCAUUAUCCUAAGAAACCAAUAAAAGCCAGGAAACCAAGAAUUGAAUACAUAGCACCAAAACCAAGAGUGAAGAAAAAGGAACCAGAACCAGAAUCAGCCAAUCAUGAAGCUUUAUACAGAAUUGUGGUGUAUGUUGGUAACGUGCCUCAAGCAAGCAGUGAUGCUAAUGUAUCAGUAACUAUCGUGGGUACAAGAGAUAUUUUACCUAAAACUAGACUGUGUCGAGGGAAAGCUACCAAGGCAAAAUUCUGUUUUGUUAGAGGGGCAGUCGAGAAGUUUUAUGUGAAGGGACCAAAACUCGGAAAUCUUAGAAUUUUAACUAUAGAGCACGAUGGUUUAGAAAAGCGUCACUCUCUGUAUAUUGAGAAGAUAGAAGUAACAGACAUGCAGACAGAUUUAACGUGGAUGUUUAUGUGUAAAAACUGGUUGUCUCUCCAUUUCGGGGAUUACUGUCUACGACGAGAUCUGGAAGCUCAACAAAAAGAAAGGGUAUUAAAAGAGUAUGAGAUAAUAGUCUCUACAGGAAACAAACGAUUGGGUGGUACAGAUGCUAAUGUUUAUAUCACGCUCUACGGAACAGAGAAAAAUAGUCACAAAGUUCAUCUGAAUAGGGGUAAAACUGGGGAACAUUUUAAUCGAGGACAGUCGGAUAGAUUCCUGGUGUCUGUAAAAGAUUUAGGAGUUAUAAAAUCAAUCAGAGUAGAGCAUGAUGGUCAUGGAAUGGCAGAUGGUUGGAACCUGGAUAAAAUUAUUAUUAGAAACACAGCUAACCAGAAGGAGAUAUAUUAUUUCUUGUAUGGAGGUUGGAUAGCAUCAGAUGAGGGUGAUGGAAAAUUAUGGAGGGAAAUCAAAGCCAAAAAGAAACUGGACAAGAUAUUAUUAGAAGGGAGAAACACAAAAUAUAAAGUAACAGUACAGACAGGAGAUCGUCAGUUUGCAGGAACAGACGCCAAUGUCUAUAUCCAGUUUGUAGGACCUAAGGGUAGCACCAAAAAGUUGAAGCUCGAUGAUGCCCGGAACAAUUUUGAAAGAGGGGUUAAGGAAGAGUUUGAGGUAACUGGUAUUGAUGUGGGAGAACUGGAUCAUAUUAUAAUUGGUCAUGAUAACUCGGGGCCAGGGGCUGGCUGGUUUUUAGAUUUCGUUGAAGUAGAAAAAUAUUUUUCCAAGUCGGAAAUACGAGAACGAUUAGCAAAGUUACGCAAUUUACAUAACAACAAAGAAACAGAGGAUAAGGACGAGGCUAGUAAAUAUAUUGCAAUGGGGCGACGGCGAAGUUCGUUCAGUCGCCAGAAAGCUAUCAACCAAUCAGACGACGACACAGAAGAACGUCCAAUCAACAAGCGUUUAGAAAGACGGAGAAGUAAAGCUGAGUUCCAGGAAGUCUUUGACGAGGAUGGAACCAUCAUCAGGAUUCCGUAUUAUCAGAAAUAUUGGUUUAAAUGUGAGCGCUGGCUGGCGGCAAACGAAGAUGAUGGACUAUUUCAACGAGAACUCAAACCUCAUGAUAAAAAAAUAUAUUUUAAGGAAAAAAAUUAA